AUGUGUCUCUACACAAGCACAUUCCUGCUGAUUCCACUUAUCCUAACAAUUUAUUCAUACUUCUGGCUAAUUGCCGUCAGUGAAUCCCUCUCACUGGAUGCUCUCCGAUCUUUGAAAAUGAGAUCCAUGAUUGCCGUGAUUCUCCCGGUCUGUCUUCUGAUUGUCGCCGUCGUUUGGAUAUUCAAGUCUCGUCUGAGUGCUGAGCAGAAGAAGAAUCGGGUUGGGAUACUUGACAGAUGCAAGAAGAAUAUCACGGUUGGGGCCCAAGGAAUUGUAAUCACAACGGUGGUCGGGAGGUUGUACGCAUUUUGUGUAGUGGAUAACGCUUUUAACGUCAUCGGUUUCCCCCUCGUCCUUCUCACCACCAUCGUCUCCCUCUACUUCAUCUUUAUCUUCAACUCCGACUUGAAAUGCAAAGCCGACGAGCACUCGAGUCACCAAAAGAAGCACAGUAUCUCCAUGUUCUUUCAAAUAAUUGGCUCUCACGGUGUCCUCAUCACCUUCAUUAUCACAAUGAUGGGCGGAGUUCAUUUAUUUGUCGUGUUUUGGCAAGUGCUGCUAACUUUUGUGUUUGCAACAAGUUACGUGGAUAUUCAAACGAUCGAGGUGGGACGAUUGAAGUUGAAGAAGAGAUAUGAAGAACCAACGAUGAGUGCAGUGGUGGCCGUGCCGAUGGUCAGAAGGACAGAAGAGGGAGGAUCGGAUAAUUCAAAUUCUCGGUAA